AUGGUAAAUCAAAGAAUCAUUAAAGCCUGUGACUGCACGAGGAUAACGCCGAGGAGCCCACGAGCAAGCCGCAAUGCCGCUGGCCUGGACUUUGAGUGCCCCGAGGAGUUUGGCUACUAUCCGCAUCCCCGCGACUGCACGCAGUAUUACGUCUGCGUCUUUGGUGGUGCUCUACUCGAGUCAUGCACCGGUGGACUUAUGUACAGUCACGAGCUCCAAACCUGCGAUUGGCCCCGCAACGUCGGCUGCCCUGAAAACAGCUCCCCCUCCAAGGACAUCGACGAGGAUCCACUGCUCGAGAGAGCUGAAAAAAUAGAAGUCAUCCAGCAGCAGCAGCAACCUCAAGCUCGUAUCUCUAACCAUCACCACCAUCAGCAUCAACAGCAGCAGCCGCAACAGCAGCAACCACAGCAGCAAAUCCAAAUCCAACAGGUGCACCAGCAGCAACGGCAGCCCCAACCUCAGCCGAUCCAGAGACAAUCGGUAACUGUGUCCUCACCCUCCGUCUCUCCUGCGAUUCUGAUAGAUCGGCAGCAUCAGCAACAACAACAUCAACAGCAACAACAACAACAGCUUAGACAAAGACAACAACACCAACGUACUUACCAGGACGACGAAUACGAGCCUGCCUCGGAGAUCGAGAGCGAUCGGCAGCAGAGAGUCUAUCGCGGACAGCCGUCGACCGUCGGUCAGGUAGCCCGCGAUCGCGAUGGUCUCAGGAGGAACAUCAUCACGGAACGGGAGAAGGACAGGCUGGUGAACUCGCGCACGCAGGCGGAAACGCAUUACAGAAGCGUGUCAUCGGAGUCGCCACCGCAGAGGAUCGCCAAGGCGAGCGCCUCGACAUCCGCACCGAUCGUCUCAAAGUCGUACUACAGCGAGCCGGACCAGAGUUAUCCUUACUACACCAUCUACGACGACGACGUCUCCAUCUAUAAGGACGACGACUACGGCCCCUUCCACGUGAACCACUCGACGCCCAUCCAACCACCCCCGCCACCACCACCUCAGCAGCACCAGCAGCAGAACAUCAGAGCCGAGGUGUCGCCCAGCUCGAAGCCCUUCUCCCAGAAACCCAAGAAGGUCGCUGUUCACGAGGCCGACAAGUACAACCUCAACCAGGAUGUUACCAUUCAGGACUACGAUAUUUAUGAUAAUCAGCACAUUAGCAAAAACAAAUUCCGCAUCACCGAAGGACAAUCGCUCAGACCGAACGUGAUAAGCCAUCCAGUCGUCCACGUGACAACGCCAAAUGCCAUAAUCGACUCCUUCAUCCCGUUGACCACGACCACUCAGAGCCCACCGGCGACCAGCGCACGGUCCUACUCUGCCAGUUACCCACCAAAAACCCGUCAACAAAUCAACCGUGGAACAGCACCUCCGAGACUGCGCCCAACCCUCAAGCCAUCGACGGAAAUCGUCUCAAAGGUCCAGGAGUUCGUCGACAUCUAUCGCCACCCUGCCAUUAGACCGGCACCAAUCUACCCCACCCCUCAGGUCGACAAGCCGGCCGCCAAGUGUCGCAAGGACGUGUGUCUCCUUCCCGACUGCAGCUGUGGUGGUGCUGAUAUACCAGGUGACUACCUGCCGGAGGAGAUACCGCAGAUAGUGCUGUUGACCUUUGACGACUCGGUCAACGACCUCAACAAGGGACUUUACGCCGAUCUCUUUGAAAAAGGCCGGACGAAUCCCAAUGGGUGUCCGAUCAGUGCCACGUUCUACGUGUCGCACGAGUGGACGGACUACAGCCAAGUGCAGAACUUGUACGCCGGGGGUCACGAGAUCGCCUCGCACACCGUAUCUCAUAGUUUCGGGGAGCAGUUCUCGCACCGAAAAUGGUCCCGCGAGGUUGCCGGUCAACGAGAGAUCCUGUCCGCUUACGGAGGAGUGAAACUCGAGGACGUCAGGGGCAUGAGGGCUCCUUUCCUUUCGGUUGGCGGUAACAACAUGUUCAAAAUGCUGUGGGAUACAAACUUCACGUACGACUCGUCGAUGCCGAUCUACGAGAAUCGGCCGCCAAGUUGGCCCUACACCCUCGACUACAAGCUCUUCCACGAUUGCAUGAUCCCACCCUGUCCGACGAGAUCCUACCCAGGACUCUGGGAGGUGCCGAUGGUCAUGUGGCAGGAUCUCAAUGGAGGCAGGUGCUCGAUGGGUGACGCCUGUAGCAACCCACCCACCUCCGACGGCGUCUACAAAAUGCUGAUCAAAAACUUUGAGCGACACUACACCACCAACAGAGCUCCAUUUGGACUCUUCUAUCACGCGGCGUGGUUCACCCAGCCGCACCACAAGGAGGGCUUCAUCUCGUUCCUCGACACGAUCGUCGCGAUGGACGACGUCUGGAUAAUCACGAACUGGCAGGCCCUCCAGUGGGUCAGGAACCCCACACCCCUCGCCCUCCUCGACAGAUUCGAGCCUUUCGGAUGCAACUACGCCGACCGACCGAAAAAGUGCAACAACCCGAAGGUGUGUAACUUGUGGCACAAGAGCGGCGUGCGCUACAUGAAGACGUGCCAGGCCUGCCCGGACAUUUACCCGUGGACCGGUAAAACGGGAAUCCGCAGCAGUCGCAUCGACAACGACAUCGACGGUCACGACUGAGCCUCGCGAUUCGCUUAUUGACACACGCACACGCACACACAUACAUAAAACACACGCGAAAUGCC